AUGCGUGUUCUCCGUCUCGUGCUGCUCCCGCUCGUGGUGCACUCGCGGCUACCGCUGCCGCACUUCCGCCUCCAGGAUAUCGCGACCCAUCAUGCGAUGCGCCUGGUCUCUGGCUGCAGCGCACAUGGACCCGAAGCCCGUGUGCUGGCGCUAACGCUGCACGGCGAUCUGCGCUGGUCAAUCGAGAUCCCAUCCGUCUUAGCACACAGCCACGACGCGUGCGCGACGCGUCUCGCGGUCGCCGGCGAGGCCAUUUACACGACGGGCUACCACGCCAACGCAACACACACCGCUCUCUUCGUCGCCAAGCUCUCGAUCAACGGCGCGAUCACGUGGGUAAAGCGGUUCGGGGACGAGGGCCAACACCAUGGACUCGGCGUGGCAGUCACACUGGACGGCAGCAUCGUCUCUGUCGUCGGCACAUCCCGCGGCGUCAUUUCGCGCCGUCGCACCCGCGGAGACGACAUGGUCGCACUGCAGCUGCGCGCAAGCGACGGCAGCACAUUGUGGUCCCAACUGGUCGACUCGGACAACCACGGCGACGACCAAGCGUUCAGUGUGGGCGUCGACGGAAGCGGCCACAUCUACCUCGUCGGUCAGACCAACGGCCGAUUCGAGCAUGAUAGCGGCGCCGGGAGCGAUGCACUGCAUGACGGCGACCUCGUCGUGCUCUCAUUCGACGCCAACGGCCGCCGGCGCUGGACGCGACAACUGCACACGGCCGAAGCCGACGGGUGCAGUGACGAUGUCAUCUACGACCCACAGCACCCUCGUCGUUGCGGCCUUGCCAUGACCGCAUCGAAUGUCUUUGUUGUCGGCGCCACCGCCGGCACGGCCUUCUUGGACCCCACGGUCGACGACCCGACGCUCGGCAUCUCUUCGCGCCGCCUCAACACCGUCCUCGUGCAGUUGCAUCUUGCGACUGGCGUCGUCGGCUGGACAAACCAACUGCUGCUGGACGAGCACAAUGUCGGCCAAGGUAUUGUCGAGAUGGAUGCGGACACGCUUGCCGUCGUGGGCACAUGGCGAGAGCGCGACGAUGAGCUGCCGCGUGUUCUGAUAGCAGAGUUUGCAACGGCAACAGGCGCUCACCGGCGCGUCGUCACCGAUACGACGGCAAGAGGCAUCGGUGUUUCGGCGGAGGUCGGCACCCUCGGCACGCUGCUUCUCGGCGCCAACACACUGGAUGAUGCUGCGUACCUCGACCAGCGAGCGACGCGCGACGUCACGAUGACGCUUCCUUUUUGCACCAAUUACGUGUCGUUUGCGUCUGCAGUGACGCACGUCGCGUCGACCAAUUGGACGGACGUGAAUCCGAUCGAGCUGGCGAUCCACCGGCACAACGCGCCGCUCUGCACCGAGUCGGUCACCGUGCGUUAUACGAUCUCGUCCGCCGACGUUGGACGACCAUUUACGCCGGCGUCGCCACACAAAGCAUUUGUGCCCAUCACGGGCGACGUGCGCUUGGACGCUGCAAACCCGACGGUCGCGGUGCAGCUGGCGGCGGCGGCACCGUUGGAUCUGCCCCCACUGUCGGCGUUGACCGUCACGCUGCACGCCAAGGACGACAGCACCGAAAUUCGAGACCCUGCCACGCAUGUGAUUGUGCUCCUGGGGACGCCAGCGGCAGCACCAACGACGCAGCACAUCCAGAGCGAGGUCCUCUGUGCCCUUGUUUGCGCUCUCUGUGUCUUUGGCGGCCUUGUAAGGCGCGUCUGCCACUGCAACAUGAACCUCUGGAGCGGCGUGCAGUACCGCCACGUGGAAGAAGCACCAGGAGAGCACCAACUGCCAUUGAAGCACCACUUGCAGCUGCUGCGUGGCGACGCCGCAGCCGUUGGCGGCCAUGUUGGCGUCGUCGAUGGCUCUGGCGCUGUUCGACCUGCCAUGGUGGCCUCGCCGCGCCACGCCAAGCCCAAAUGCAAGCAUGCUCGGCGCUCGGUGCUGCUGCCGCGAGCCUCUGCGGACGCGCUGCGGGACGCCGACGACUGA